AGUGGCCAAUCACAGAUCCCAGAGACCCCCAGCCAGCAGUUCGAUCGUAAACAUAGGGUUGAAACUUUAGCUAGAGAACUGCAAAUUCACCCGAAAAAAGCAAAUCCGAAGCCGAUACGACCCCCUAAGACGAUCAGACAUGCCACUCAAAGUUCCUUGACAUGGAUCAAGACCCGUGGGGCGGUUUUGGGCCCAAGGAGGGCCCGAGAAAGACCGAUUAUCGGGGUGACGGCGACGCUGGCGGCGACGCGUCGCCGCCAGACAGUGCUAGGUCAAGUGUCGACAGCGCUGCGGAGUUUGUCUGCAGGGCUAACAAGUACGAGCAGAUGAUGGAUGAAAUGGAAAGCCGGUAUAUGGAUCGGCAGAAUGGAAUCAAAGAGGAGAAAGAUGCAAAUGAAGACAUCAUAUUGAUGUUGCAGAACCAAUUGGCAGAUUUAGAACGUCAGGUGAAAGAGAAAAAUGCUGAGCUGAUGUCUGAGGCUGCAGCAAGGGCUGAGCAAGAGGCGGCUGUUGUUGAUUUUGGUCGGCAAGUGGCACUUCUGCAAGGCCAGCUGCAAAAUGCCACUGCUCUUAUAGAGUCUGGAUCUGAUGCGGCCGCCUUGUUAGCUGCCCAGAAUGGCCGUCUGCAAGCCGAGCAUGUGGCCGAGGGGCUGAGAAACGCACUGGGUGCUGCUCGUGCUGAAGAGGCUAAUCUGCGGUCACAACUGGUGAUGCAGUACUCAAAACAGGUACAGGAACUGAAACAAGGAAUUCAGGUGCUCAACCAAAGGUGCGAACAAUUGUCUGCAGAUAAAGAAGAUCUGAUCUCGGAAAACAAAAAGAAUCUGUUAAAAUGCAAGGAGGAAAGCGAAAAUCGUUUUGGGGAGCAACUAAGGAAUAUUAAUCAGCAGUGGAAGUUGAGUCAGGAACGAGCAGAAACGGAGCACAAAAAACUCCUAGCCAAACUUGAAUCAGAGCUAGAAACCUUGAGAAUAUCACUAGAGGAGGCCCCUUCACUCAACAAGCAAAUUCACAAUCUUCUUGAGGACAAGCAGUCUUUGGAAAAUGUGGUGCAUUCUCUUCGGAACCAACUUCAGCAAAACCACCUGGACAAGGUCCAGCUGGACGCAAUGUCUAAUGAAAAAGGUGAGGAGUUGAAAGAAGCUUUGUCCAAGAGCACCCAGGAAGCAGCAGUGCUGCGUUCUAAGCAGGCCAUCCUUAGAGAAGAGAAUGCUAAGCUCUACAAUAAGGUUGAAUCUCUUGAGGGCGCAGAGGAGGCUCUUGGGCGACUGCAAACUCGUGCAAAGGCCCUGGCGACCGAGUGCGAGCGACUCCAUGACGAAAAGCAAGAUGCUGAAGCUGAGGCCGAGCUGCUCUACAGCCGAUGGCGUGCUGCUGAGCAGGAGGCUAUGCGUUUUAAACGACUUUACACAAGGAACAGCAAUCUCAGGGACGUUAUUCCAGAGGAGGUUGAAGAAGAAGAAAGUAGUGCAAAGUUUGAGGUUGAAAAUGAAGUGGACGCGGCAGAGAGAGGUAUUGGAAGGCUUCGCGUGCGACCCGAAGAGAUGCCCACUGGACAGACAGCUGUUCUUGGCUGGGUGGAGCAGUGUGAAGCGCUGGCGCUACGUCUCCGCACUGCUGAAGCUAACGCCAGUCGUCUAAGUACUCAACUUGAACAUGAGCAAGCAAGAACAAAAACUCUGGCUGAUGAGAAAAUCUCCCUUACUCAGCGGAAUAAGCAGCUUGUAGAGCAGGUUGCUGGUCUGCAAAGAGUCACGGCCUCUGUUGCUAGAUCAAAGCUCUUGAUAAAUCAGUACGAACUGAAGAUUGGGCAGCUGGAAAAUGAAAAGGGACACCUGCAAGAGGCGCUGGUUCAGCUGGAGGAUCAACUGUCAAAGGCCAGUAGCCGUCACAUAGAUAAUAAGGACCUUGAGGCAGCGGCUAAACAAGCUGUUGUACUACAGCACUCGCUUAAACAUGCUAAACAUUCUCAAAUUUUGCUCAGGUCAAAAAUAUCUGAUCUUGAAGAGCUAGUGGCUACCCUGGAGGCAGGCCUCUUAGCUAUAGGCACCAAACUAGAGGAAAGCUGUGCUGAGGUUUCCGCUGCCUGGGCAGCGGCCAACGACCAGCAGGCACAGGCAGCCUCAUUUUCAACUCAGCUGGCUGCUUGUCAGGAACGGGCGGCACGUCUUGAGCAACGGCUGGUCUCUGCAGCAGCUACUGACGAGUUGGCCUGUGCCCUCGGUCACGGCUUACGAGACCUAGUCGAGCAGCUUGCAACUGAGGUUGCAGAUCUGAAAGCAGCACUGCGGGCUGAGCGUCAAAAAACGUCACACCGCCCACUCUUGCUUAAUAAUCGAAUCGAGGCGGCUGUUCUGCUUGAAAAACUAGGACAGCAGCGUGAGGAGCUCCAAGCUGCCAAGUCAGAGAAUACCAACGGCUGGGCCGUUCGUCUGGAGGAACAGCUGAAUGAAAUGAUUCACGAGUUAGAGUCGCGGGAACCUGUAGCAAACUCUCAGCAUUCUCUGGAUUCCUCUGUAGAGGAAGAGCAAAAGCGGCUGGAGGUCAAAGUGCGUGACCUGCAGGCACAGCUAACACACUCACAGCAGCAGUUUGAGGGCUCAGAGCGUGAAAAAGUUGCUUUAGAAGCAGAAGUUCAGGCCCUUGAAGCGGCCAUAGAUCAAAAAGAGCAACUUCUCCGGGAGCAGAAAAAAUUACUAGAGUUAGAAGUGGUGCAGAAGGAGCUGCUACUGAAGCAAUGUAGAGCAGAGGCUACUGCUAAAGAGAUCGAGUUGCUUCUGUGUCGUUGCGGCUCGUCAGAUAUUAUGGAAGGUCCUCUAGAUGGUUGCGGCCACCUGGAGGAGGUCAAGGCUGCUCUUGACGAGGUUCACGCAGCAGCAGUGGCCCGCCUAAAAGAGCAGUUGUCUUUUGACGAGGCCUCCAGUCUUAAACAGAUACAGAUGAAACACCUAGAGCAGCUCGAAGAGAUGCACAAGCGAAUUGAGUCACGAGAAAUCAAGUUACGAGAUGGAUUUGCAGACAAAAUCUUAAAGGAGAUGCGAGCGGUUCUAAAAAAUCUUGAGGGCGACUUUGAUGAGCGGUGCUUGAGUCAGGUACUUGAAAAGGUGCAAGAAGGGUUGCGUUUGGAGAUAGAAAAGAUUAGCAUCAGCUAUGACCAGCAGCUGCAAAGCCUGAAAGAAACACAUGCGCAGCUCCUGGAGACUCUGAAGGCUGAUAAUGUUGAAAAAGCUACUGUUGAAAUGAGUCACUCAGAGAAGGAAUCUGAGCAGAAGCUGGAAGUUCUGCUGAAGGAGGACAAGCAGAGGCGCAACGAAUCACUUCUGCAGCAACUGGAGCAAUCCGUCUGCUCAAAGUUGAGCGCCUGUGUUCAGGAAAUAUGCGACAAAUGGAGUGAAAAGUGCACAAAAGCAGCACUUGAAGGUGGCGAAGAGGUGGCCGCCGUUGUUCAAUCAGCUGCUGCAACCAUCAACAGCAAAUAUAAGCAGGAGGCGGCUAACUUACGGCUAGCUCUUAAGGAUACAAAUAUGCAGAUUAAUAAACAAAUCAAAGACCAGUGGGAGAGUACCUGUGAGGUGGAAGAAUUGAAACAAAUCAAAGCUCUUCUUGCUGAUCUAAAGACGUCAGGACUGGCAGUUAGUGGCCUUUUGGAGUUGAAGAUAGCCAUGGAGAAGAAACAUGAAAAGGAAAUGGAAGAGCUGAGAACUUAUUAUGAAAAAAGAUGGGCAGAUCUUAAUGAAAAGUAUGCUGAAGAUGUAUAUAGUCAAAGAAGUCAGAGUCGAAAAUUAUCCGGUAGCUCUGAUGAGUUUGAAGACGACCAAACUAAAGACUGUGACAGCUUUUCUGAGCCUCCAUCAAUAAAGCCUGAUGAGCGAGUCAUUGACGCGAUUGAGGCUGAGUGGAGCGAACGAUUAGCUCGACAGGAAGAAAAACAUGCGAGUAACAUCCAGCAAUUGGCCCGGGACCUGAAUGAUGCUCAUGAACUUGAAAUGUCUCGUCUUGAGGAAAAAUUGCGCUCGGAAGUUACUCAAAGGUCAAACGCAUUUGACCUGACCGCUAGUCCACAAAUUAAAAUGGAGGAACAUCCAGAUACGAAUAUUUCUGAAGAGUUAAGAGCGCAAUUUGACAAGGAGCUUGAAAGGAGAGUUAGAGAGGAGACGCAAAAAUUGAGCAUGGAGAUUGACGAGCUGGUCGAAAGCAUCAAGCGGCAGAAUUUACAAGAGAUGAGCACGCUUGAGGAGAAGCACAAAAAAAUCGUUGCUGAGAUUGUGGAACAGCGGGAACAUCUGAUUGAAGAGCUGCAAGGAAAGUUUGAGAAGCAAACUGCCAAAUUGAAAGAAAAGCAUGAAAAAGAAAUGGAGGAGCUUGAAGAAGAAUUGGAAAAACGCCACCAUGCAUCCUUGGAAAUGGCGCUAAGUGAGCUGAAUGACCAGUUUAGACAAAAGCUAGAGCACUUAGAGAAGGUGCUAGCCCAGGCGCAUGAGAAGGAAGUGCUGAAACUACAGCAGACAAUAGAGCAGCAGGAGGAGAGUUUUGUGGCGCUGCUGGAGGAGCAGGCAAAGCGCGGCGCCGACUCGGAGCUCCGAUUCGAGCGGCGCCUGCAAGAAGAGCGCAUGGACGCGGUCGCAACUCUCGGCCGACACCUGCAGGCGAUGCUUGCCGGAGAGCACGAGGCUUCCGAGUGGCCGCCUGAACUGGAGCAGCUUCGCGAACACCUAGUGGCUGAGGCCACAGGCCAAGUGGCCAAACUUAAGGAACAACACGCAAAGGAGAUGGAUGCCCUCAGGCAACAGAUGAUUCAGGGUGUCGAGGCACCUCUUCGAGACCAGUUCUUGCAACAAAAGCAGGUUCUCGGCAGGGAGAACGAAAUGCUUCGGCAUGUUGUGUCUGAGCUGGUACGCUACCUGGGUCAGCUUGACGAACAGUUGGCCUCUUUCGUCGACACACAUGCCCUGGGCAGUGACACCGAGAGCAACGCAAGUGAGGAAGAGCGCCGUUUGCGAAUCGCUCCAGACCUCAGUGCCUUGUCAGAGGCGCUUAGUCUUUCCGAGCUUGAUGCAGAGCAAAUGCGCGCAGACUUAGACGCUUGUCUGCUUCGUCUUCGCAGAGAAGUUGCUGACAUCAUUGGAGUCUCUGAAGCAUCCCUUGUUGGAACUAGACAGCUUGAAGACCUGAAGCAGCUGCUGGCCGCCAGUGAGGCAAAGGUAGCUGCCCUAGAAGCUCGCCUGGAGAAUCGUACUCGAGAGGCUGUAACUGAAGGCUUCGGUGACGAGGGAGCUCCCUUGGGACUUGAGCUGAGACUCGUACGACUUGUUGACCUUCAGGAAAGGGCAAGAGGCGUCCUUCAAGACGAACCCCAUCCUUGCGCUAAUGUGCUCGAGGAACUGGUGGCCGAAGCUCAUCGGCUGGCAGACGAGGCUAGAAGGGAAAAAGAUGACCUUCACAUGCAGAUAGAGUGUGCGGACAAACAGGUGCGUGCGAAUCGAGCCUUCCUGGAUGAACAAGCUGCUGAACGGGAGCAGGAGCGUGAUGAGUUUGCUCGUCAGGUGCAGCACCUAAGGGACGCCCUCAAGGACAGAGAGCGGGACAAGAACGAAGCUAGCCGCCUGUCUAAAGAGGUUGAGUGCCUAGAGGGUCAGGUCAGGGAACACGCUGGGCAACUGCAGAAGGCGCAUGCAGCAGCUGCUGAAGCUGCCGCGCAGUACAAAGCCGCCAAUGAUAAGGUGCAAGUUUUGCGCGACGUUGUGAAAAACUUAGAAUCCCAACUUGAAGAUAAGCAAAAGAGCGAAAAAGAACUCAAGUCACGACUGGGCCGCCUGCAAGCUGCGUUCGACCAGGAAAGUCUUAUCCACAAUGAGCAGUUGGAUGCCCUGAAGAAUGACCACAGUUCUGUUGACCUCCUUGACCAGAUCUGCUUGCUUGAGGAGCAGUUGAGUUCCUACAAGCAGCAGCUGGAGGAAAAAGCCAACCAGGAGGCGCCUGCUCUGUAUGAAAUGAAUUUACAGUUGAAAACGCUGGAAAUGACCUUGGAUAAGCGAACUAAGGAACUGGAGCGUGCUCACAAGGCAGCAAGCAGUCCUCGUGAGAGUGGAGAGGGUGUAACAUCACCUGAGAGUGUUGAAAGGUCGCCUCUGGCUUCCAUUCGACGCCUCCAGGAUAAACUGCAGAACCACACUCGUGCUGAGGAUGCAGCAUUUUCACACAUAAGAAGACUUGAAAAUGAACUCAAAACAGUCCAGCGUUCUGAAGAGGAGCUUCAAGUUGAGCGCUGCAUGCUGCAAAAACGUGUUGAAGAACAACUCCAGCAGAUCUCUAGUCUCCAGUCUCGGCUGGACCAACAACGAUUUCACCAGAGCAGUGUUGAAGAGCGACAGAAUUCGAGUCUGCGCCACAUUCAGCAACGCUCAGCCGAGCAGCUUGAAGCUCUGAAGGAAAAGCUCAGCACCAAGGAGUCAGAGAUCAAAGAGCUGCGAGAGCAGUUGGAGAAGACAAAGCGUGUGCUUGCUGAGCACGAGGCUGAGGCCGCUCGGAAGGAGCAGGAGGCAACUGAGGAGACUGAAAGACUGAGGGAGAGAUUGGAUUUGGUUGAGGAAGAAGCUAUUCGUCGACUUUCGAGCAGUCCGAGACGCAUUAGCAAUCAGCUUUAUCAAUCAUUGAUUGCUGAAAAAAAUACUGAAAUCGAGGAGCUCAGCUUGCAGGUUCAAGUUAUGCGCGAACGCCUUGAAAGUGUGCACCACACCUUGGAAACAUCUGACGUUACCAAAGAGCAGCUUUUGGAGAUGAUGCAGCACGUGGAGAUGAGGACGCAUUCGACUCUUCUUAGGAGCAGCUCCAGAAAUAGUGAGGUGCUGAGGUCAAGUUCCAGAGCAGUGGAGUUUGACUUUGGCAACUCCACAUUAAUGGAACCGAAACUGAAGCCGGUGAUUGGAAACUUGGAGCUGGACGAGGAGCCAUCCAAACUGGUAGAACUGUCCAAGCCUGCCACACCAAAAGUGGUGUUGGAGGACAAGGUUGACUCUCUGAAGGAACAGCUACAGCAGAAAGAGAUCCUUCUUCAGCAGACAGAAUCAAAUCUGAAUCAACUGAUUGAGAAAGGCAAAUCUGAGCUGAAAUUGCUGCAGGAUGAAAACAACCAACUUAAGGAAGAACUUGCCACAAUCUCCACUCGAUUUGAGGAAUAUGCAAGGCAGAUGCAGACAGAGUUGUCUGUGAACGCCCAGUUGGACGCAUCAACAGACAGCGCCAGCUUAGACAUAUCCACUGCUACAGAAAAUCUGCAACGGCUGCUGUCCAGAGUGCAAGACGGAGGAGUCGAGGUUCUGAGCUUGAGCGAGCUGGCUGUGCUAAAAAAACACACCGCUGCACCUGUUGAGAUGAAGCCUGCGGCCACACAGACGGCCAGAUCGGCAUUGACGGACGCAACUCUGGUUGCUGACCUGAAAAGGCAGCUGAUCACUGCUGAGAAAGAGGCGCUGCUCAAGGAGAAGAGUCUUCUUGAAAAAAUUGCUGAUUUGAGGCGGCAGCUUGAGGAAAGUGAACAACAAGCCUCCAAACUGGAAGCUGCUGUGGCCACAGAAAAGCAGUUGGCAACCGAGGCUCGUGUUGCCCAAAUGGAACGAGGCGUUGAGUCACGGCAGAACAUGGAAAAGUUGCUGGAACUGCAGCAGAAGCUUGAGACGGCAGAGCGUCAAGUCCAACAAGCCAAGUUGGAGUUGGAAAAGGAGUUGUGCCGAGCAAACGCCCUGGAGAGCGCUUUGGCAGGCAAAGACACAGACAUGCUUCUUCUGAUGGCCAAGUUUGAGGGUGAAAGCGCAAGACACCGGGUCACCCAGCGUAAUCUUGCUGCCGUUUCACAGAUGCUUGACUCGAAGGACAAGGAGUACCACGAGACAAGGGAGCAGCUAGAAAAGGCGGCGGCCAAAGCUGUCAGUCUGCAGCAACAGCUGGAAACAAAGGAGAAAUCAAAGACUGAGGAGGACGAAAAGGCAGAUAUGGUAGAGGUGAGCCAGCAAAUCACGCAGCACCACCUGCGCCACCUGCUGGCACAGUUGCAGGAGGAGCGAGACAGGAAUGUGCGUUUGCACUUUGAGACGCAGGAGCUGAACGAGCUGGUGUCUGCCCUGAGAGAGACCGAGGCGCGUCUUCUGCAGCGCGCAGACCGAGAUCAGGCCGAGCACCAGCGGCACCGAGCUCUUCUGGAGCAGCAGCUGUCGGAGGCCAGACGUGGCGUGGCCGCUGAGGUAGCCGCCUUGCGUCACGAAAUUGCCCGACCGACAUCCACUUUGGAGUCUGCCACAAUUGAGGCGGAGCGACGGGCGUGGGCUGUUGAAAGGGUGCAACUGCUGCAUGAGGCCGAGCGGCUGAAGCACGAAGCAGUGGCCGCCGCGGCCGCCCUCAGCACCGAACGGGCCGCUUGGCUGCUCGAGAGACUCAAAAUGCAGUAUGAGAACUCGCAGGACAGGACUGGAGAUGACACCAUCACCAUUGACCACUCUAAGGUGGAGUACCUUUACGGCAAGUGCCAACAGAUAGAGAGCCAACGCAAAUCCCUGAGGUGGCAGAAGCGCUACCUGCAGAUGGUGAUAGCCUCGUUUGAAGCGUCGUUGGCCUCCAUCAGAGCUCAGCUGCCCCUGGCGCCGCCUCUGCCUUCUCCCACACCACUUGCCAGAUUCAAGGGAGCUGCCCUUGUGAUAGUGGCCUUGCAUCGAAUGCAGUUCCUGGUGCGGACACACAUGCGAACCUUCCGGGUCGGAAGCACCGUCGUCAUGCGUCGCAUCACUGAGGCCCUUCUGCUGUCCCCAGAGCCCAGGUUCCAGCCACGCGCCCCUGCCCUGGCAGCCCUUCCGCCCGCGACCUCUUCUGAUGAGACUCCGCGCUCUCGGCACUUCAGACGACUCCACUGAGCAAAAGUUUUAAAACUAAUUUGACGAAACGAACAAAAUACAUCGACAUGACCUGAGUGACUGUGUGAACUUAAGUAGGAUUAGAAGAAGAGAGUGCGACUGAUUUUGUAUUACCAAUAGAAUCUUGUAAAUUUGUCCCAAAUCCGAACUGCGAACUAUGUCUUUCAUGUGAAAAAUAAAUUUUUAUCUCAAAAGUUGCACAACAUUUCAGACUCU